UUGUGUUUAAUUUUUAAUUAUCAAAUCUAGCAGACCUACACCAGAAAUCCAUUAAGUGUUCGCUCACUCAACAGAGCGCUUAAGUUAUAAAGUCAAAAGUCGUUAUAGUUUUCAUCUCAAUAAUCAGUAACACAGAGUAAUAUUUACUCAGUAUAUAUUAUUAUAAUAUUAAAUUAUUGAUAAAUAAAUAUAGUCAACUGAUUCUGAAAUAAAUUUAAUUAAAAGGAUUGAGUUUAAGUGUUAAUUGUGAAGCAGCAUGGAAAUUUUAAGUUACUCCGAUACCAAAGAGCAUCGAAUAAUUUAUAAGUGGAAUAUUAAGAAAGCAACAUCAUUUAUUGAAUGUUCUAAAAACGAUCCCGACUCAGUAAUACUUAAUUCAACUGAAUUUAAAACAACUGCUAAGAUUGAAAAUUCAUGGUAUUUACGCCUGCGAAUUAAAAAUGACAAACUUUCAAGAAGAAAGGAAUGGAUAUCAUUAUAUUUGUGCCGGAAAAAUGGGGAAAAAAAUAUAAAAAUAUCGUAUUCACUCUUUAUUUUAGACAACGAAAAUAAAGAGAAAUUUAAGAAAACUUAUUAUAACACUCGCACUAAAUCUAGUGAACGAGGAUGUUCAUGGUUUCUUGACAUAAAAGGUUUGCUACAAAAUGAAGAUAGGUUUUUACCGAAUGAUACAUUAACUAUAGGUGUUGAACUAACUGUUUACGAAGAUUAUCAAUCAUUUCCUACUGAAUUUCUGUUGGAAACACCCCAGCGUAAAAUAACUGAUGACCUUAAAGAACUCUAUGAUAGUAAGUCAAACAGUGACGUUAUUUUAGUUGUGGGUAAUGAAAAAUUUAACGCUCACAAGCUCAUACUGUCAACUCGAAGUCCUGUAUUUUCCGCAAUGUUCACCCAUGAGAUGAAGGAAAAGAGAGACAGCGAAGUUACUAUACCUGAUAUAGAUCCGGAAAUUUUCAAUAAACUGUUGGAGUUUAUUUAUACUGACAAAAUAACUAAUUUGGAUGCGGAUGCUGCGUAUUUAUUAGAAGCUGCAGAUAAAUAUCAAUUGCUAAACCUGAAAAGUUUAUGCGAAGAAUCGUUAUCUAAGUCAGUCAGGAUUGAUAACGCUAUUGAAUUGAUGGUUUUAGCAGAUAUGCAUAAUGCUAAUCAAUUUCUGGAGUUUAUUUUUAAAUUUAUAAUAAAAAAUUCCAAAGAUGUUAUUAAAACCCUAGAGUAUGGACAAUUAGAAAAAACUAGACCAUUGUUGUUAUUAAAAUUGAUUCAAAAAUUAGCAGACUUGAAUGAAAAUUAAUGCUCCAACAGAUGAAAAAUAAUUGAUAUAUCGGAAGCAAUUAACCGAAAGGACUCGAUUCAAGAGAGGUCAAGAUUUGAUUGUAUUAUUUAUAAAUUGAUUUACUUAUUUUGUAAAUUUAAUCAUUUUAAUUUUUAAAAAAUAACAC